AUGGGUGUUGCUGACUUGAUUAAGAAAUUUGAAAAAUUUGCUAAAGUUGAUGAUAGUGAUUCAAAAGCAACUGCUCCAGCUCCAAUAAAUGCUGGAGCUACACAAGUUGAUAAGAAAACACUCAAUAAGUCUAUUGAAAAAGAUAAUACCAUUGAAGAAAAAGAUGAUGCUAUAGUAAUGGAAACUCCUGCCAUUUCAGAAGAACCAAUUUCUAAAGAAGAAUCUUCAAUUGAAGUUCCAGAAGUUAAGAAAGAUAAAGAAGUUGAAUCUACUAAGGAGUCUGAAUCAAUCAAAGAAGCCGAGCCUGCUAAAGCAGUUGAGUUUGUUAAAGAAGCUGAACCAUCUAAGGAAGUUGUACCUGUUAAAGAAGAUGUAUCAGCUAAAAUUGAGGAACCAGUGAAGGAGGUUGAACCAGUAAAGAAAGUUGAACCAGUAAAGAAAGUUGAACCAGUAAAGAAAGUUGAACCAGUAAAGGAAGUUGAAUCAGUAAAGGAAGUUGAACCAGUAAAGGAAGUUGAACCAGUAAAGGAAGUUGAACAGGUUAAAGAAAAGGAACCAAUCAAAGAAGAGGAACCAAUCAAAGAAGAGGAACCAGUCAAAGCAGAGGAACCAGUCAAAGAAGCUGAUAUACCAGAAGUAUCAAUUAAGGAAAAUAUUGAAAAUCCAAAACCAACCGAAAAAUUUGAGAUCGAGACUGUUGCUUCUACGGAAGCUAACCCAUCUUCUGAAGCCCCAUCUACAUCUGAUCCAACGGAAUCUAUUAUUACACCUGCUUCUUCAACCACCUCAUCUAAAAAAUCAAAAAAAAACAAGAAGAAAAAUAAGAAGAAGAAUAAGAAAAAUAAUUCACAACCAGAAUCUCCUUCCAAUGAACCAAUAUCUACAACAAUUUCAAGGGAUAUUAAUAAUUUAGAAGUUGUUGCUGAUUCGCUUGGCAAGACUGAUUCCAACGAAUCCAAAUUUAUUGCAUUGACUCAAGAUGUUAAAGAAGAAAUCACUGAUUCAAUUAAUCAUGAUAUUUCUUAUAGUAAAGAAGAAUUGGAUAACAUUAAUGAAAAUACUCCAGAACCAUCAAGAAUUGGUCGUGAUAAUCCAUUCGAAUUUGGUAAAAGGAAUUUAACUGAGGAAACAGAUGUUUGGGCCCACAAUGCUUGGGAUAAUGUCGAAUGGGGUGAUGAACAAAUAAAUGACGCCCAAGAAAAGAUUAAAUUACAACAAGAGGCACCUGUUUCAGAUUUUGAUAAAAAAUUAUAUAAUGGUAAUCCAGCUCGUUAUUGGGAUAUAUUCUAUAAAAAUAAUAAGGAAAAUUUCUUUAAGGAUAGAAAAUGGUUACAAAUAGAAUUCCCAAGUCUUUAUGCCGCCACAAAGAAAGACGCCCCACCAACAACCAUUUUUGAAAUUGGUUGUGGUGCUGGUAAUACUUUUUUCCCAAUAUUAACAGAAAAUGAAAAUGAAGAUUUACGAAUUAUUGCAGCUGAUUUUGCCCCCAAAGCUGUAGAAUUAGUGAAAAAUUCAGAAAAUUUUAAUUCAAAAUAUGGUCAUGCAUGUGUUUGGGAUUUGGCUAAUGAUAAAGGAGAAUUACCUGAAGGUGUAGAGGAAGAAUCUGUGGAUAUUGCUGUCAUGAUUUUUGUAUUUAGUGCAUUAGCUCCAAAUCAAUGGGAUCAAGCUAUGGAUAAUUUAUUUAAAAUUUUAAAACCAGGUGGUACAAUUUUAUUUAGAGAUUACGGCCGUUAUGAUUUAGCUCAAGUAAGAUUCAAGAAAAAUAGAUUAAUGGAAGAUAAUUUUUACAUUAGAGGAGAUGGGACAAGAGUUUAUUUUUUCACAGAAGAAGAGUUGAGAGAUAUUUUUACAAAGAAAUAUUUCAGGGUAGAGAAAAAUUGGUACUGA